CUCUCUCUCUCCAUCCUCUGCAAGUCUGCCAGCCUUUCGCCGUCUUCUACGUCAACUUGUAUCCCCACCCCCCCCUUCCCCCUCUCUGAGCUUAGCCACAAACUCUUGAAGCUUGCACUUUGGGGAACAUUUAUUCUGAUCUAUGACCAAAAUUUUACUUUUUUAAUGCAUCUGGAUUAGCAAAACUUGACUAGUUCGAGGAGGAUCAGAUUUUCCAAAGAUUUCUUGUUUCUUUCUAAUGAAUUAUAUGGAUUUUUCACGGUUGAAAAUUGGGUAGCGUUGUUUUAGCGGGUCUACAAGUCACACCGCUUUCCUGUGAUUUUAUGUGCAAAGUUAGUGGUGUUUGUUUGAGGUUUUUGAUUUGAUGAUCUGGGUUUAUUUAUUUUUUGUUCCUAUUUCUUGGGGUUGCUAUUUAAUGAUUAAAAAAGCGGAAAAGAUCAAAGUUUUAAACUAAAAUUUUGGAGGGUUUUUGUAUCAGUGGAAGCCAUUAAAGAAUUGGUUUGACUGAUACUUGAUUCUUAAUUAGAUUUGCAAUUUUCUAUAUUAUAUACCUCCCUGACAAAGACUUUGGUAUUGUGAAUUAUAACCGUAAAAGGAGUGCCCUUUCCUUUUCGGCCCUGUAAGUUCAACUGGGAUUGUCUUAUAGUGGCGUUUUGGACAGGCUUGGCUCUUAAAUUCUUGUUGGGUUUCCAUUUGUUUGGUUCUUUGAACUGUGCAUCGAGAAGUAAAAGUAGUGAGUUGAAGCUACCAAAAAUGGAUGGGUGCUUGAACCUGGGGCAUUUUUGAAGAACGAAGUGUGUUUCCACCUCUCCAUCAUGCCUUUGUCUGAGCUGUAUCGAAUGGCUAAAGGGAAGCUUGAUUCUAAUCAAGAGAAGAACACAACGUGUUCAACUGAUCUAUCUUUUCUACCUGAGAAUGACCUUUUUGAGCUUGUAUGGGAAAAUGGUCAGAUUAUGAAGCAAGGUCAGUCCAGCAGAGCUAGAAAGAGCCCAACUAGUAACAGCUUACCAUCUUACUGUUUACCAUCUCACACCGUUAAGACAAGAGAUAAAGAUAUGGGAAAUGGAAACAGUUCAAAGGUGGGGAAGUUUGGCGUCUUGGACUCUGUAUUGAGUGAAAUCCCAAUGUCGGUGCCGUCCAGUGAAAUUGAUUUGAGUCAAGAUGAUGACAUGAUGCCUUGGUUGAAUUAUCCAAUCCAUGAACCUUUACAGCAUGAAUAUUGUUCUGAGUUCUUGCCUGAAUUUUCUUGUGUCACUGCAAAUGAACUAUCCACCGAUAGUAAUGUGGCAUCUGAGGACAAGAGAAAUAGUUGUAAUAUGGUCUAUAGGGAUUGCCAUACCGAUUCUGUGAAUGAUGGUGUGAGUUUAGGACAGGGGGAUGUGUCAAAGGUUUCGCAAGUGGGAGGUGGCGAGGCCACAAUAUCUAGAACUAGUUUUCGUCCCAUCCACUCGUUAUCACAACAAUGCCAAACAUCACUUCCAUCACUUAGAUCAAAGGUUUCAGAUGUCACUGGCAAUAAUACUAGCAACGUCAUGCACCACAGUCUGUGUGGAGAUUCAACACGGGUUGCAUCUGCUGCAGAUGGAUUUCAUAGCAUACAGUUGCAGAAGAAAGAUCCAAGGCCGCCUGGUAAUAACUCCAAUCUGAUGAAUUUCUCGCAUUUCUCACGACCGGCUGCUCUUGUGAAAGCUAAUCUUCAGAACAUUGGCCUGAUGGCUGGUUCGGGAUCAAGCAUGCAAAGGAUAGCGAGCAAGGAAAAAGGUUCUGCUGCACCUAGUAAAAAUUCUCCUGAAUCAACAAUUAUCGAUUCAAGUACUGGUUCCCGGAAAGAAUCAAGUUCCCAUUGCCAACCUGUCACAUUCCCAUCCAAGGUUGAUUUAAAACCAAUGGAUGAUAAGCCUGUUGAGGAACCGAUUGCCUCUAUUCAAUCUGAGGCUGUUUGUCAAGAGGAUGCCUCUAAGAAUGAUAAAACCUCCAAUCAAGUCCUUGGGGAAAGUGCAACGAAAGGACUACGAGAUUGUGAGAAGACUACAGAGCCUGUUGUUCCUUCUUCUUCUGUUUGCUCAGGCAAUAGUGUGGAAAGAGCUUCGGACGAUCCAACACAUAAUAUGAAGAGGAAAGGUCAUGAUACUGAAGAGUCUGAAUGCCAUAGUGAAGACGUUGAGCAGGAAUCAGUGGGUGCAAAAAAAGCAGCUCCUGCUCGAGGUGGUACGGGUUCUAAGAGAAGCCGAGCAGCAGAAGUGCAUAAUCUAUCAGAAAGGAGGCGAAGAGAUAGGAUUAAUGAGAAGAUGCGUGCAUUACAAGAACUCAUACCAAACUGCAAUAAGGUGGAUAAAGCAUCAAUGCUUGAUGAGGCCAUUGAGUAUCUUAAGAUGCUUCAAUUUCAAGUGCAAAUUAUGUCCAUGGGAGCUGGUUUGUAUAUGCCACCUAUGAUGUUACCAACAGGAAUGCAACAAAUGAGUGCACCUCAUAUGGCUCAUUUCUCUCCUAUGGGUCUUGGAAUGGGAAUGGGAAUGGGAAUGGGAAUGGGAAUGGGAAUGAGUUUUGGGAUGGGUAUGCCCGACAUGAAUGGUGGAUCUUCUGGGUAUCCUAUGAUUCAGGUGCCCCCAUUGCAAGGAGCACAUUUACCUGGCCCACCUAUAUCUGGACGCACUGCUUUCCAUGCAAUGGCAGGAUCUAACCUUCCGAUGUUUGGGCUUCCUAGUCAAGGAAUUCCCAUGUCGAUGCCAUGUGCACCCAUAAUUCCUCUGUCGGGAGGGCCUCGUAUGAAAUCAGCUGCAGGACCGAAUGCCUGUGGGGUGGUAGGUCCUAUGGAAAAUGUGGAUUCAGCUCUAGCUUCCACCUCAAAGGAUCCAAUACAGACCAUUAAUCCUCAAGUGCCGCACAGCGCUGGUGCCAAUAGCUCAAUGAAUGAGACAUCUAAUAAGAUGUGAAGACUAAAAGGUGGAAGAUUAUACAUUUCACUGGCAAAUUUUCUCUUAAAUGAGGCCAGAACUGUCAUCUCUGUCUCUAUGGAACGGCAAAAGCAAAAAUAUAAGCAAGCUACUCUCUCUCCUUUCUUUUAUUGGUUGUUAAGCUGUCAUAUUUCUUAGUUCAUGGUCUCUGAAUUAUUUUUGCAAUAUUUUCUCAUUAUGACUUGUCGGGGUUAACAUCUAUUUCCAAAGGUUUGAGAAGAAAUAAUGACUCGAUAUUUCUUGAAGUUCUAUGCAUGAUUGUUGGCGUUCUUUGUUGGCAAGCAGAGUCUUGCAGGAUGACAGUUAGACAUGGGGUAGACAUUUAUAUAGACACUACUAACCAAAAGGUUGAGAAAACUAUGUAAGAAAUGUGAUGAAGAUAUUGAACCUUGGCUGGAUAGCUAGACAAGGUCAGAUAAAUGCUGGUUGGUACUUCAAAUUUUCAUUUUUGUGUGAAAAACUUGGACAAGCAGCCCUCAAUUGCGUGGGAUGUUCUCUUCAAACAGAAAGAGUUGGGGUUUCAUGAAAGAAUUGUUUUGUUUGCUCAUGAAGUCAAACUCUUAAAUGAAUGAAUAAAUCUAUUUGUAAGUCACUUUAUUGACACACCAACCACACCGUUGAUAUGGAAGCCUGCCACAUCAACUUACAUAAAAAAAGAGAAAAAAAGGUAUUGGUACUUGCUCUUUUUAUAAAUAUUAUAGGCCUCACAGUAAGUGGUGUGUUAUAUGCCAAGUUUGUAAGUAGCAUAAUUAAUAUAAAAAGACAUGUGUUAAACUUAACUAACCUUCCAAACUUCAACUCUUUAUCACAAAAGGUUUCCUGCGACUGUUUAAUUGAGUAGCACUCUGCCUGGUCUGCCAGAAUCCCCUAAUAUUUUACUGAUUUUUUUCCUAAUGCCAGUGUCCAACUACAAAUUCAGCAUUUGAGUCGUCUACUUUGGUGCAAAAUAAUGGUCAAGCCCCAGAUGUUACUGGCAAUGCAGCUCUCAACUGUGAACGGAAAUGACCUUGUGCCGAGUAGACCAGCUGCUUCUCAGAUAUUGGAAAUCGGGAUUACUUCAAUUAUUAUACAAGUCGGAUGUUGGUGGCUUCCAGCGGUAAUGACUCGUUAUCCAUGGAGGCAAUGAUUGACAACCAUACUGAUGAUCUUUGUGAUUGAAUAGAAAUCUGUCUUGGCCUUUUGAGAUUAAAUCUUUCGUUUCAUGCUUCUUCAUGAUCUCGGAAUUUCAACUGAAGAAGCAGGGAGGCAUGAUACAGUCUGUAUUCUUAUUUCGUAGUAGUACAAUUACAAAGUGCACAGGUUUUGCUACCUUGGGAAGACUCGGUAUUUUUCUUGCAGUUGUACAUUUGAAUAGUGACAUAUGCAGUCUCUUCAACGUCUAAGAGUAAACUAUCUCGGGAGCAUGUAUUCAAAACUUGGUUCAGUCCUUUCACAAUAAGUAUUUGAAAUAAAUGAAACGAUUGUUAUAUUCCAA